AUGGGGGCGUUUUCUGGAGGAGCAGGUGGCUUUAGCAGCAAGAGCGCUGGCCCCUGUGGGCCGCAGCGGGUCAUCAAUACCACCUCCCAGGGACAGUGGCAAGCUGCCCAUGCCGGCCCUUACAGCUAUUCCAAUCCUGCAUGUAGCGACAACGUCCAGAAAGCUGGCGAAGGCCUUCCUGCAGGGGCAUCGGACACCCCUCCUACCUCCUGCAAAAAGUCCCUGCUGCAACCGCUGGACUUGGGGAUCGACGGUGCGGCCCUAAAGGAGAAGCAGCAGGCAACCAAAGAGCUCCAGUGCCUGAAUAGCAAGCUGGCCUCUUUCAUCAACAAGGUCCAGGUGUUGGAGCAGAACAAUCUGAUACUGAAAACAAAAUGGGACUUUGUGCAAGAAAAGAAACGUCAGAAAAGCAACAUGGAGCCGCUCUUUAAUGAGCACUCCAGUAGACUGAAGAAGGAGCUGGAGUGUCUUGAACGGGAGAGAAAUGAGCUACAGAUUGAGCAUGAGGCUUCGGAGCAAGCUCUGGAAAAACAUAAGAAGAGAUAUGAAGACGAAUGCAAUCGGAGAACAACUACAGAGAAUGAAUUUGUAUUACUCAAAAAGGAUUUGGACUGUGCUGUUACCCACAAGGCUGACCUGGAAAGCAAGGUGGAAAACCUGAUGAAACACAUUGGAUUCUUGAGCCACAUAUAUGAGCAGGAAAUCGCGGAGCUCCAAAACUGCAUUUCCGAAACUUCUGUCUUGGUGCACAUGAACAACAGUCGGGGCCUAGAUAUGAGCUAUGCAAUUGAGGAGUUCCAGCGUCAGUAUGAGCGUGUCGCCUCCAGGAGCCGGGCUGAGGCUGAGGCUUGGUUGCAGAACCAGUAUCAAGAGCUCAAGACCAGAGCUGCAAGGCACAGUGACAAUCUGAAGAUUGCCAAGGGAGAACUUCAAGGUCUAACCCGUAUGGCUCACAGCCUGGAGUCUGAAAUUGCCAGUCUCAAAACUCAGUGCUCCAAGCUAGGAGAAGAGGUGGCUGGAGCAAAAGAACGUGGGGAGACGGCUGUGAAGGAUGCCAAAUGCAAACUGGAUGAGCUAGAAGCUGCCUUGCUCAAAGCCAAGCAAGACAUGGCCUGCCAGCUACGUGAAUAUCAGGCACUGAUUAAUGUCAAGCUGGCUAUGGAUAUUGAAAUUGCAACUUACAGGAGGCUUCUGGAAGGAGAGGAAUGCUGGUUGAAUGAAGGGGAGCGUGCUGUGAAUAUCUCUGUCCAGAGAAGUGAGGGGGCCAUAGUGCAUGAUACCUGCCUGCCCCGUGGGGCAGGAUCCACUUCUCCACCUGGAAACACCCCCUGCAGCGAAGGUGACAGCAGUAGCACUAAAGCCACCUGUGGUGAUGACAGUGCAGCCGCAAAAAGCAUCGAGACAAGUGGUGGAGAUGCCUGCAGCUCUUCUUGCCCAGACGCACGCCGGGCAAAGAGGCGUUAA